GCCCUCCCAGCCAGAUGAUCUGUCUGUGUAUACACAUAUGCACCUACCUACCUACCUACCGUACAACACCGUGGCUCACAAAUAGACGGACGGGUCUCUUCUGUCUUCUCAACCAAUUGGUCUGUCUGCCUGCAGGGCCCUACUUGCAAAAGCUGCCGAUGUGUGUUGGCCCCCCAAUGUGUAACUUAUGCAGUCAUGACGCACAAAAAAGAGCCCUGAUCGUCUGUCUACCUAGGCUAACGUCUCACAAAUGACUGUCUACCUAUCUACCGGCCGGCCGUCAGGCAGUGAGUCAAUCGAGGCCGACGGUGUCACACCCCAAUGACACCACAUGCAUCGGCUGCACCGCACCCACCAGCCGCCUCUGACGCAAAUCAGACUGCAGCCGCACCAAUGGCACCAUCCCACCAUACCCACACGCACCCUUCAGCGCUGCUGACGGGCCAGACACAGAUCGACGCACCGUCAUGGGGGCCACAGAAUCGUUCGGUGGUGGCCGCAUCAGCUCCCUCACUGACUCACGGAAGGUCGCCGACCCGAGAACGAUGAGGCAGCUGAAUGGGAUGGGCUUGGUGAUGGUAGGGCUGGGCUGGAGCAGCCGGAUGAGCGCCUCGUCGAUCAGUGGGCGGCUGAGUGGCGGCGUGUCCAUUUCUGUGCGGGUCGGUGGGGGGGUGGGUGAGGAGGGGGGCAGCCGCCAGUAUCGGCAGAAGAAAGCGUCUCUGUACCUGCACAUGGAUGGAUGGAUGGAGAGACAGCGACACAAUGAUGCACUGUCAGAGAAUGCGUGUGCGACUCUUCGUCUGAGCCUCACCUCUCUUCCAUGGCAUCGAGUUCGCUUCUGCAUGGGAUGGUCUCCUGCUCAUCGUCACACACGACGAUGCCCAGCCGGGGAGGGGGAGGGACAUCAGCACCCGGCGAAAAACCCUCCUCCCCUCCUCUCUCGUCCCUUGCCUCAUCCAGUCCAAAAGACGACAGCGACAGUGUCGACGCCAUCGAGAGCGCGGCUGUUCCUUCGCCGCCGGCGAUCUCAUCCUCAGCAUCCUGGUACUCGCACCACGACCCGAAUCCCUCUCCCUCGAUGUAGGGCGCCGUCUCGCACACGUCGGGCAGCCCAGGGCCCGCCCACGGCGCACGCCGCCGCCUCGACGACCGAAGGGAUAUCGGCACCGCUGCCGGCUCGACCUCCUCGGUCGCCGGCCGCCUCGCAGAAUGGACUGGCACUGGGGGUGGACAGACAGUCUUCACGACGAAGUCUGGCGGCUCCUGACAGGCGUGAUGGAGGAGACUCUGCCGCGCGAUGCCUGUCGAGGGGCUGGUCCGCGAUGGUGGGAUGGUGGGGGCAGUGAACUGGGGGGAGCCUGGCGGUGGAGGGCUGUCUUGUGCUAGUGCGUGGGUGAGUGAUGAUGGUCCUGGGCCUGGGCUGGAUGGCACUGUGCGGAAGAAGGCCUGGGCGCACUGCAGGGCCAGGGGGACGUGAUUGCCAUCGGCUACGAUCAAGGUGCUCUGCCACGGCCAGUCGCGAGCAGCCUCAUUGUCGUCACUCGAUCCGGCGGCCUUCAGCAGUGGAGUACCGACAGGGCCCUGCAUGUGCACAAUCGACCCUGACACCACACACACAGACGCGACAAUCGUUCCAUGACACCGUCCAGAGUACAUACAUGCAUUUGACGUACCCAGCAGCAGCGAGUUGAGGAAUCUGUAGAGGGCGUCCUCAGGAUCCACUCGCAGAACGAAGUCCAUGAAGAGGUCGGUGUUGGUGGUCGCCGUCGUGACGGGCGGCGCGUACCUCGUGACCACCUCCCCGUCUGAGUCACCCCCACUAGUAGUGACCGCGAUGCCCACACACUGCCCCGCCUCGCACACGAUCCGGGUCGCCCGUGGCCGCCUUAGCGGCACCACACGCACCAGGACGCCCGUCGCGACACCCUGUUGCUUGAGCUCCUCGCGAUGCACCAACACAUGGGGCACCCAGCCGUCUCCCACAGCACAGCCGUUGUCGAUAGUGUAUCUGUCAACGGUGGGGCCAUUGUUGACAUCUGGCUGCGUUGGUUCUGCGGCGAGGCUGACGAGCGACGAGGAAGAGAAGGAACAAGUGCGGGGGCCGCUGGGGGUGGAAGACGACGUGUGGUUGUGGUGGUGGUGGUGGACCUGCUGUAUCACCGGCCGAUCGCCCUUGUUGACGCCGAGGGGGUCAGGGGAAGACGGCUGGUCGCCCGGAGAGGAGGAGGCGACCCCAUUGUAGUCCCUCUGUCUCCGCUGCUUGGCCUCCUUCCAGAUGGCCGUCAGCAGCACAUGAACGGCAUCCAUCGACAGCAUGCGAUACGCCGACGACAUGACCCUCACCCCCCACACAUCGCCGCCCUCGGUGUCGGGACCACCAACGUCACCGCCUCUCGCCCGCUUGCUGACCCGUCCCUCGAGAGCCAGCCCGCGACAGUGCUUCGGGCUGUGUGUGCGGUGGUGGCAGUGGUGGGCAUGUGUGUGCGAGUCCGGCAGCAGGUCGAGCAUGCGCUUGCGCCGCGACGCUCGACGGCGGGAGGGGGAGGGGCUGAGGGACCGGGGGACGGGGCAGUGCACAAUGCCCUGAUGAUACACAAGAGACAGACGGACAGACAGACAGACAGACAGACAGAAAUGUGUCGUCUGCGUGUGGUUUGUUUGGCUGGGGUGUGGAAUCUUACUUGUGUCCAUGUGGCUGCGAGUGCCAGUUUUGCGGACAGCCGUCUGUGUUGGUUGCGCUCCAGGAGUCCCCGCAGCAGCUGCAUCGCGGCCGCAUCGACGCCCUGGAACAGGGGACCACCGAACUGCAUGUGAGCAAUCACAGAGAGUGAGAGAGAGACACACAUCCUUGGAUAUGCAUGAUGGCAGGUGCAUGAAGUGACAUUUCUCACCUCUAUCGGCUCCUCAGUGAUGGCCCGCAUAAUGUCGCACCUGCAGGCAGCAGAGACGGCCACACGUGAGGAGAUGGAUGCAGCUAUCCAUCCAUCCAUCCAUCCAUGUGUGUGUGCUCAUGUGUGCUCAGUGUUGGGUACAUACGUUCCGUCGAAUGGCAGCAUGCCGGUGAGCAUGAAGUAGAGGCACACCCCGGCCGACCACACGUCGACCUUCUGCCCGUACUCGGCCCAGCCGCCCACUAUCUCGGGCGCAGUGAAACGCAGGUUCCCUGAACAACAGAACGAGGGGAGGGGGCCUUUCUCUUCCCAGUGGCUCGCUCCUUGCAGGACGGACCUGCGGGUGUCAUCAUGCCGUCAAGGUCCCCCUUGCGAGCGAUGUUGAAGUCAGCCACCUUCAGACACGCACUACACACCUCACCUGAUGUGAAAUCAGGGACACAGACCGACAUGGAAGGCGCGCACACUCUUGCGUGUCGUCCUUCAUGCACGGACUUGAUGUGAGCAGCAGGUUUUUGAUGGAGAGGUCCCGAUGUGUGACGCCGUUCUCGUUGAGGUACACCAGAGCCGUCAUCAGCUGACGAAACACGUGACGCGCCUGACCAUCUAAACACCACACACACACACGCACGCACGGAACACACCCAUUGCCCACGCUGUGCUCAGCUGGUUUGUCUCUCAAUCCCUUCCUUACCCGAGAAGCGUCUUUUGCCCUUGAGUUGUGCCAUUUUCCUGGACGCGAGCGGGUUGACCUCCAGGUCGCCGUAUCGCUCGACGGCCUCCUCCAGGUCGGGCCCGUCGAUAUACUCCAUCACCAAAUGCAAGGCGCCCUCACGAUCGAAGUCCUGGUCGGAUCGAUAUCGAUGUGUGAUAGACCCGCCCGGAGAGUGAGGGGCUGUCUGUCGUGCGGCUUACGUUGAUGAGUUCGUGUGCCUUGACGAUAUUGGGGUGGUUGACCGACUUCAUGACCUCGAACUCACGCUCCACCUGCACACACCACACCACAACACACCACACCACCAUGACAGAACACGGCUUCCACCGACUGACUGACUCAUCGAGUGACUGACUGACCACAUGUGCGAUCUCGAUGUCGUCAGUCCUGACGGUCUUGACGGCCACCACACAGCGGUCCGCACGACGGAUGGCCCGCCGAACCACACCCAACGUCCCCUGCCCCCGUCUCUCGAGCAGGUCGUAUCUCUGGUACACGGCAUGGUCGCGGCGCAUCAGACUCCACCGAUUGUUGCCGGGGUCGGUCACCUCGACGUCAGUCAAUCUGACACACACACACACACACACACGGACAGUGAUGCGCUGAUGGCGUUGAGUGUCGUGUCCGUGUGUGUCUGAGUAUGUGUGUCUUCCUUUCUUACGGUGUGUUUUGUCUGCGUAAGAGUUUUUUGUCGACUGCGAUAGCGAUGGGCUGCAUGGACGACUGCAUGAAGGACGCCCGGCGCGACAAGAGCCGCGACUGCGACAGCCGCAGCCCCUCGCCGACCGUCGACACUGAGAUGUCACCCGUGCUGCUCCGACGAUUGUCUGCACAGACACACAGAACAAACGCCAGCCAACACCAUGCCAGCCAGACAUACGCCAGCCCCCGCCCUUCCAGCUCACUUUUGAUGGCGGGCACACUGACGGCAUGGACAGGUGCCGUGCUCAUCCAGCCGUCCAGACACUCGGACGUGCUGCGGGCCACAGCUUCGGGCAGCCGAAGUGACGGUGACGGCGAGGCCUCAUCGCUGGGCAGCUUGGGCAGCAUCUGGCCGGCCGAGGUCGUCGCGUGCAUCGACGCCGUGUCGAGCAGGGGCGUCCGAAAGAGACCGUCGAGCUCGAGGUCGCCUGUGGGCGACCGCUCCACACGCUCAGAGGGCUCGUCAGGCCAACCACCACCACCCUGCACCGUCAAUCCAUCCAUCCAUCCAUUUGACACGUUGACUCCCCCCCACUUGUGUGAGUGCCGUGCUGACCAGGGGGCUGUGUGCGAAGCUGCCCAGCAGUGCGUUGUGUCGGUCCAGAUGUUCCGCCAGUGUGUCCAGGGGCGCCUCUCCGAGUGCCCAUGAGGGCGUCAUGAGCACCAUCUUGUCGACGGCCGUCGGUCUGUCGCUGCUGCCGGUGGAGCGGCCCUGUGUGGGCAUGUAGUAGUGGAAGAAGAGGCCGACGGCCGGGUGCUUGCGCAUGAGGGAGAGGACAGAACCUGUAUGUAGUCAUGACAGGACAGGACAGGAGAAACGUGUUUGUUUUUCGGGUCCAUGGAGGGCAUGGAUGUACACAUACAUAUACAUACCCCAGGUGACGUCCGGGACGGGGUGCUCAAUCACCACAAGGAAACCCUGCUCGUCCAUCUCUAGCGACUGCAUCACAUCAUAAUCACACACACACACACACAGGUCCUCUCGUGAGGCCUGCGUCUGCCUCCCCCCUACCUCCCUCCGCCACACACUGACCUCGGUCACGAGCCACACAUGCCCCGCCUUCUUCCGCCUUUUCCUCCCGUGGAUCCUCACGCGGCACACACUCUGCCUUUCGGUGUGUGUGACGGGCCUCAGCUCCUCCAGCCGGUCGCUGACGGCCCGCCUGUACCGCCGGACGUCGCUCGGGUGCAAGAAUGACCAGAGGUUCUUGUACAGCAGGUCAUCGUGGCGGUAGCCCAGGAUGGCGUGGCUGCUGGGCGACACAUACCGGAUGCUGCCCGUCGAGGCGUCGAACUUGGUCACCAGGGAGGGACCACAGGCACACGACGGCUCCAUCUAGGUAACAGGGGCAAUGAUACGGCGAGGUGGCGUCAGGGGCGGCGCCGCCAAGGGAGAGAGAGAUGCACCAUGAAGCGCGAUGAAGGACUUUCUUUGCCUCGGGAUUUAUGCGGCGGCCUGCAGCGGACCGUGAAAGAGCGGCACGUGCUGAAGUAGUGGAGAUAAUGAGGGAGAGCGG